AUAUAGAGCGGUGUUUUUAAAUUGACACUGUUCCCACCCUCAGUACCUGGCUCUUGGGCUUUCCCACCCUAAUUGUUUUAAAACGCGGUUAAUUAUCUAAUUCAAAUUUUCUAAAGUGCCUAAUGCCACGUUCACAGUUUUGGUAGAGUAUAAAUAAGGGGUUGUUAAAAACUGAAUUAUCAUCAUUGACAAACUAUCGGACAAUAUGGCAGAAGCAUUCCUUGAAUUUCUGUAAGUAAAAAUGUUCCUUUUUUUUUUAAAAAAUAAUUCCUUAUUUUUUUUUUCUAAACUUGUUUCAUUUUUUACUAUACAUUAAUUGUAAAGCUUAAGAGUUUAAGAAUAAAAAUUUCUUUUCACAAUUUUAAAACCCCUAAAUGGGUUGUGAUUAGUGAACGAAACAUAACAAAGUAAACGGUAUUUCACAAGUUAUAAACUGAGUAGGCAUAGAUUCGUUCAUUUCAUUAUUACAAAUUUAAAGGCUAUUUUAUGCAUUAUUAUUAUUUAAACGCCUAACAUUUUGUACGAAAGUAAUAUAAAACAUGGAAAGGGUGUAAUUCCUUUGUUUAUUUUCUCUAUUACUGUAUUUUUUUUUACAGUGACGCCACAAGCUCGGCAAAUUCCUUCGAUGAAUUUGAACAAAUGUGGGUGAAAAUGGGUGAAGAGUUAGAGUUAGAAGGCCCGCCAAAGGGUUGUAUUCCACCCCCUCCCUCUCCAGACUGCGAAUCCACAUUGAGUACAAUUGGCACGAAAAAUGAGUCAUUAAAAAGACCUCUAAGUCCUACACCAGAGAGUCACGGUAACUGCGACACCUUUUCACCAGUUGUCAGCUACUCGCCGGCCCUGGAUUCCAAUUGUAGUAGUGCCUUUGCGCCUGUUACAUGCAACGGGGAUGAUAAUGGUCGAUUAAGUCAGACGGAAGAUUCCAUCCUGACCACUUUGAGGCGAACAAAUCCGGACAAAGUACGUAGAUUAGAGAAGAAGAUGAGACAACCUUGUAAACCCGAGCUCUUCAAGGAACAUUUUGAUGUUUUAAAAACCCUCCUAGUCAGAGUAGCAAAUGAUUGUGAGCAAAUUCGGAUAAUACUGAAUUAUGUGGAGGACAAGCUGGUUAAAGAAGACAAGUGCGUUAAAAGGGUUCAGUUUACAACUCUAUAGUUCUGUAAAGAAAGUACCAGUUUGUGUUCAAGCUUUCAUUGUGAUAAGUGCAUUUUUGUCUUUAUAUUAUUAUAUAAAGAAGAGAAUAUUUAAAUUGUAUAUUUAUGUAUAUUGAAAUGCCCCCAGGGCCCUUGAUUGAGAAAUAAAAAAGCUUGUACUAUCUCUGUUGUCUUUAAGUUUCCUGAUCACAAAAAGACCUAGAGAAUCUCAAAACUUA